ACUAAGAAGAAGCAGUAGAAGAAGACGAAGCCUAAGCAGAAGUGGCGACACGUUAUUGUCUAAUUAGGCUCAAAACAUAUUUUUAAACCAUGACACGGUGGGCCAGGGCCAACAAUGUCCAUAAACGCCAGUCAACAGAUGCUGCACCAUGGAGCCAACUAAGGUCUGGUCUAGCAGGAGGGCAGACAGAGAGUGGAUUCAAACAAGGGGGCUUUUCCAACUCCCUCAACAAAGUUAAACAACGAGAAAAUCGGAGGAUAAAAAGACAGAAUGCCAAGAAGAACAAAAUGGUGUGCUUUAACUGUAGAAAGUCAGGACAUGGGGUGGCUGACUGUCCAAAUGCUGAAGCUGAUGAAGAAAUGGGUCAAGGAAUCUGCUAUCGUUGUGGCUCUACAGAGCAUGGGAUUCAGAUGUGUAAAGCUAAAGUCGAUCCUGCAAUGGGUGAUUAUCCAUAUGCCAAAUGCUUUAUUUGUGAGAAAACUGGUCACCUGUCCAGAUCCUGCCCUGAUAACCCAAAAGGAAUGUAUGCUGCAGGUGGUUGUUGUCACUUUUGUGGUUCUGUGGAACACUUUAAGAAGGACUGCCCAGACCAUCAAACUUCAACGAAUUCCAUCACAGUCAGACGUAUAUCAAACCGGAUAAGUGCUGACCAUGAAGAUGUCCAUGUACCUGUGGUGGAUGCGCCACGAAAGAAAGCCAAGGUUGUGGUAUUCUAAGCAAAGUUUCGCUGUAAAAUAAUGGUUUCUGUUUUAUGGAAAUAAUAGUCAAAAGAAAAUUAUACCAUAUAUGACUCACAUUCUGUAUAAAAUAAAAAUGUAUUAUGUA